AUGCAGACAGAGGGCGCGGCAUUGUCUGCGCCAAAAGCCGCGGCCCGCACGGAGCGCACCGCCAGGGACGUUGUAGUUGAAAACGAUGUCGACGAGCCCGUUGUGGUCGAGAUCGGCGAGACCAACGUGGAAUGGCAGAUCAAUGCGUGUCGAAUCAAUGUGACCGAUUCGGGCAAGAGUGGCAUCCGAGUUGAUCCGCCACAGAGUGUACACGCGGCCGACGGUAGUGAGGAGCUCGGGAGAGGCGUCACUGUCGAGAUCGAGGAGGAAAAAGGCGGCGACACGGGUGGACAGUCGAGCCAGUCGAGCCAGCCGGGCCCCGGUGCGAGUGGGAGUGCGGUGCGCAAGGCAUCGGUGAGCAAGGCGUCGCGCGGGACGCCGAACAAGAAAGCGCGGUACUACGAGAUUGCGGUGACCGACAACGGGAGCGGGAUGGAGCACGCGGCGAUUCCACAGCUGCUCGGGGUGGUGCUGUCGGGGACCAAGUAUGGGGUGAAGCAGACGCGCGGCAAGUUUGGGCUCGGGGCCAAGAUGGCGCUCAUCUGGGCCAAGUCGUCGACGGGCGUGCCGAUCGAGGUGUACUCGGCGACCGAGGGCGCGGCGACGGUCUCGUACUACAAGCUCGACAUCGACAUCGAGCGCAACCGGCCACACGUGGUGGAGGAAGGCCAGCUGGAGAACACUCAAAAGUGGCGCGGGACCAAGCUGGUGGUCACCAUCGAGGGCUCGUGGAAGUACCAGAAGCGAAUUCUUGAGUACAUGCGCAUGAUGGCGAUCCUCACGCCGUACGCCUGGUUCCGCUUUGCGUACACCGGCGUCCGCAAGGAGACCUCGUUCGAGGUCCAGUACCCGCGGCGAGUCAACGCCGAACUACCGCGGGCGGCAGUCGAGGUCAAGCACCACCCGCGGUCGCUCAACCUGGUGCUCAUCGACAAGCUGCUGGCUCAGGUCAAGCCGUCGACGGCGCUCAAAAAGUUUCUUACCUCGGAGUUCUCGUCGGUCUCGGCGGCGCUUGCGCGCAAAAUCGCCGAGGAGCUGCACCUUGAUCCGGCGACCAAGGUCUCGCAGCUCCCGCCCGAGUUUGGGCACCACCUCUUGCAGCUGUUCCGCGAGAUCCGAAUUCCUGAGCCGUCGGGCGACUGCCUCUCGCCGGCCGGACAGUACAACCUGUUUCUGGGCAUCAAGAAGGAGAUCAAGCCGACGCUGGUGGCGACGUACCAGGAGCGGGCGCACGUGUACGAGGGCCAUCCGUUCAUUGUCGAGGUCGGAGUCUCGAUCGGCGGCGAGUCGAUGGAGCCCGGGGUCACGGUCUACCGCUACGCCAAUCGCAUUCCGCUCCUCUUUGAGCCCGGCAACGAUGUGGCGACGAUCACGGCGCGCGAGUUCAAGUGGAGCACGUACAAGAUCCGACCGACGCUGGACAAGAUCGGGGUCUUUGUCUCGAUUGUCUCGACGCACAUUCCGUUCAAGGGCACCGGCAAAGAGUACAUCGGCAACGACGCAACGCCGAUCAAGGCCGCCAUCAAGGCUGCGCUCCGCAAGUGCUGCAUCUCGCUCAAGAAGAAGAUCGCGACCCGCGGCGUCGACAAGGCCAAGGUCGACCGCAAGCGAAAGCUCGCCAAGUUUAUUCCCGACGUAUCGCGCGCCAUGCACGGCAUGCUCGCCACCAUGGCCGACGAGCGGGCGACCAAGAAGCCGCGCGGGCUCUCGGCCGCCGACGACGCCCUCCUCGACGCCGUCGCGUCGGGCGCGGUCACCGUCGGCACGCUCGAGACCAAGCUGCGAACCCACAUCGACAAGGCCGACGCCGAGGGCGCCUUUCAGUUUGUGGCCAAGAACGUCUCCCGCAAGUCCGAGGCCGUCCCGCUCUCCUUCCGCCCGGUCCCGCUCGACUCGCUGCCAGACGUCGCGUUUUCCAAGCGCGGCCUCGUCUUGCGGCUCUCGUCUCAGCUGCGGGCCGAGUAGCCUCCAACUGCGCCAGCUGCGGACUCGUGUGUGACUACAUUUUAUCGGCUGGUGGAUUGCAUCACAACGAGGCUGGCGGGCGCGCGGUUAGGCCAUGGACGAGCGGGUGCGGUCCGAGGUGACCCGGUCCAUAAACUCGGAGCGGCGACGCUCGAGCUCUGCG